GGUAAAGUCGAAGAAUUGACAAAACAAAACCAAGAAUUAUUAAGGGAAGUACAAAGCUUACGAGUUGAAAAGGCGGAAAAUGAAACUAAAUUAACAGAUAUUCGCAAUCUUAUUACGUAG